UCUGUUCUCUGUAAUAAUGGCAGCCGCCGCAGCAGCACGAGAACAAAACACGGUACCGGAAACUUCAGCAGUCGGAGACCCAAUCUUCUCUCGGGUCCGCCUCGCAACAUCAUCAGACGUACCUUUCAUCCACAAACUAAUCUACGAAAUGGCAGUAUUCGAAGGCCAGACUCAUCUCUUCUCCGCCACAGAAUCAGGUCUCACUUCCACACUCUUCAACUCUCCUCCAUUCCAAUCAGUCACCGUCUUCCUCUUAGAGAUCUCUCCUUCUCCAUUCCCCUCCACCGUAUCUCCCGAUUUCACACCGUUUGUCAAAACGCAUAACCUUGAUCUCCCCAUCGAGGAUCCGGAGAGAGACAAUUUCACGCCGGAUAUAUCAAACGACGUCGUUGUUGCUGGGUUUGUUCUGUUUUUCCCAAAUUACUUGGGGUUUUUGUCGACGCAUGGUUUGUACAUUGAGGAUAUAUAUGUGAGAGAGCCUUAUAGAGGGAAAGGUUUUGGUAGCAUGUUACUCAGUGCUGUGGCGAAACAAGCUGUGAAGAUGGGUUAUGGAAGAAUUGAAUGGGUUGCGAAUGUGAAUGCUUUGAAGUUUUAUGAGCAGAUGGGUGUUCGUAUUUUGCAGAAACUGAGAGUUUGUAGGCUUACUGGUGACGCUCUCCAAGCUUAUGAUAUGGUAAAUAUCUAGAGAGAUUCGUGUGUUGGUGCUGCUGAGAGUUAUCUGAUGUGUACCACGGAGCAAACUAGACAAAUGUUCAAUAGUUUGUUUCACUACAAUUUUUGGUUUGUAGAUUUCAUCAUACCCUCAAUUAGAGCUCUGAUAAUAAAUAAAAACACCAUGUCUUUGAGUUCGUCAA